CUUGUGUAAUUGUCAUGUAAAUCAGCGAACCAAACGCCGCCCUUGCCUCCUCACCGCCGAACCCUUUGUCAUGUCUUGUCCUGCUUGAGAUGCGCCCAAGUUUCGCCAAUCCACGAGGGCACACUGAACGUUAGGAACAUAGUUCUUUGAGGCCUUGGGGCAUCGCAUCGUGCUGACGUCUCUAAUUCAUUCCUGAUUCCUUGAGAACCGUUCUAAGCCACAACGCGGCUGCAGGAGUUGGCCAAUCUCAUCCUAAAGUCGGUGCUAUCUACUGGACCGACUGACUGCUCUAGUCCAGCUGGUCUAGGAUGCUAACUCACUUACCAUACUACUGUGCAUGACGGCCAUAACAAAUGCUAUGCAUAAAAGCACUAACACACCGGGCGCUUGUGGGAGCUGCCCUUCUGGGAGAUGGAAGAAACUCGAUUGAAUUGAUGGCAACGAGUAAAAGAUAUUCAACUCGAUUGGCUGCAGUCUCCUGAAACUCUUUGUACUGGGUGGUGAGUGGGCAGUGCCUUGGGCUUCGCCUCGCGCCAUCGUUCCAGUCGGCGGGCCGGCGCGGUGUAAGCCUCGCUUUUCGCUUUAGGAACCACGAAACAAAGAAAAUUAUAUUCACAAGUAUCUUCGAAUGUGUAACUACAGAUUACCGGCAUCAUGAACAAUGUAUUGUGUUGUGGCGUGUAUAGUACAACACUCAUGAGGCUCUCGGUGAGAGUGCACUCCGUAUCCCGCAUGUUUCGGAGGCCGGAGUCUCACCCUGGACCGGUUGCCUGAUUUACCUGAUAACAACCACACACAACCAUCCAUGCUACCUACGCCAGAUGCUACCCUCUGAUUCCUUCGCGCCCGCUCAGCCUUAUUGGCCCUUGCGAGGCGCAAUGACUAUGUAUAAUCCAUGUGGAUGCUUCACGUACACUUCUCGGGCGUGCCUUGUAUAGACGUGCAGACCGGCUGCAAGUACGGCAGAAGUACGGCAGGUCGGUCAUCUUUGGAAAACACAUUGAGGUUUGCGUUUCACGAGGGACGAGGGGGGGAAACACUUUAUUAUUACAACAGAACUCUUCCCUCUUUCCCGUUUCUCCAAAUCCCACAUCAACUCCCCUGACGAAUUUAAUCGUGACGCUUAGUCGUGGUCGUCGUAUCCUGGCAAAUACCCCGCCGCUAUCUUGAGAACCCCUCACUUCGAUAGGCUGCCGGCGGAAGCCUGCCUCUCGUGCCAGACCACCAACAUCUCAUCACCACACCUAUUUAUUUCCCGCAACCCCCCUUGGAAAGCCUCACUUUCAGCUGAUCUGAACCGAGAAUAUUCGUGAUCGGAAAUAACCGUCCAUCGAGCGAGCCUCGUCUGUAUACACAUCCAAGUGAUAUAAGACCCCAAGGCUCCGUCCUCAUUCAGCGAAGCCUUCUCACCUCCGCAACUCUGGAUAGCGCUGGCCUUUAUUCCUCUCCCGCACGUGAACUUGUAUAGCCUCUGGUUCCUAUCAUCCACCCAAACACCGCAACAAUGGCGAACCGUGCUGGCUUGCCGCCGCCACCUCCUAACCAUGGUUUCCAACAAGCACCACCCGGAAUGGUCCAAGGCGGCCCUCCAGUAAAUCGCCCUCAGCAACCUCAGCAACCACGACAACCUGUGUAUCAACAGAAUUUCCAGCAGGGUGGACCCAUUCCCGCUUACCGUCCAGACACUGUUAUCAACGCCUCCACUCGGAUCCACGACAUACGUCCCGAGAAGACGGAAUCCGAGUCGUUCUGCAAGAAGCAGCUUACCUCGUAUGAAGUAUUCACCCUUCUCCCAAACAAUGAAGAUGACGGCAAAGACUCCAAGGGCUCCAAAGGAAACAAGGACUCCAAGAGCUCCAAGGAUAAGAAGAAAGAUAAGGACGACUCAAAGUCCAAAAAACGAGAGCGCUGGGCCAAGGUCACAAUCAACCAGGAAUCCUACCCAACUGAAAAUAUCAUAAAGACGAUUCAGAAGCUCGAUGCCGGCAAACUGUCCAUCGCGGAAAAGAAGGCCAAGCUGUUCCCAAACCAGAGUAUGCAGGUCACCAACAUCCUCGACAACAAGAUCAUGACCGAGCGCGAAGGCCAGUUCUUCGAGUGGGUCCUCGCCCAACUUCACCGCGAGGAGUCUACCAACUCAAAGACAGGUAACAAGGAGACUACCUCCAUGACGAUCUACCUCAAGCGCGCACCACUCCCACACAUCGACGCCAUCCAGUUGUACCGCGAGCGUCAAGAGCGAAUGCGCAUGCAAGCAUUUCAAAGGCAGCAGCAGCAGCAGGCACAGAUAUUCCAACAACAGCAACAUCAGGCGGCGAUGCAGCAGCAACAACAGCAACAACAGCAACAACAGCAACAACAGCAACAACAGCAGAUGGGUGGUGGACAGUACAUGCCCCAGAAUAACAAGGGCAACGUCCAACAACAGCAGCAGCAGCAGCAGAAAGGAGGCCCCUGGGCCCAACCUAUCAAAAACAAGAACGCCCCUGGCGGCGUCAAGAUUAUCCAAGAACACCGCCCCGGCACACCCCACAAGUCGCCAAAGGGAAAAGCCGCCGGCACCAAAGUCCACAUGAACGACUCGGAUGACUACUCAAGCGGCAGCAACAGCGAAACGGACUCGGACUACGAUUCUGAAUUCAGCCAUUACGACAGCGAAGGAGGCACCCCACACACCAGCGCCUCAUCCCGAUCCGGCGGCCGCAAGUACCCUCGCUCUCAUCGACCGCUCCAGCGCUCCCGCGAGCGCCGCCGUGGCAGCCACUACGACCGCGGCGAGGACUUCGUCAUGAUCGACAGUCCCAGUCGCCGCCGCAGCCUCUCAUACGCCCCUGACGUCCCACACCCCAACCGUCCCCUAGGCGGUGCACGCGUGAACAGCUACGGGCAGCCCAACCCGGGAAUCGCCAGCCCCAACUUCGAUACAGACGCUUUCGCCGCGGGUGUCGUUGCCGCGGCUCGCGCUGCUAUCGCCCAGCCAGCUAUCAUCCAGCAACCAGCCGCACAAUACACAGCCGCGCCGCCGCAACGCAUGAUCUCCAAUGUCGAGCGUGCAGCUAACGACGACGCGCGCUUGCGCGAGGCUGAGGAUAUUAUGCGCCAGGAUGCACUAAGGGACGCUCUGGCUCGGGAGUCGCUAGCUCGGGAGGCGUUGGCUCGGCGGGAGGAUGCUGCGGCGAGAAUUUCACGCCCCUAUGGGCGGGACCUCCGCAACGAGGACUUCCGCAACGAGGGAGGUCGUGGGUAUGCACUGCCGCUUCCGAGACGAUACCUGGAUGAGGAUAGGGGAGAGAGGUUAUAUAGGGACCCACCUAUGUCGCCGUCGGUGUCUUCCAUGUCAUCGGCACCGCUGUCGCCGUUGCCUCGUGAGAGUGGCCGCAGUGGCCGCUAUUCACCGGAGCCGAGGAGACGCAGCCCGGAGUACGACUAUCGUUCCCGAAGCGGGAUGCAGCGUAUUCCCCUAGAGGAGGACAAGGGGUUCGACUAUCCCCGGAACCCAUUCCGGCCGCUGAGGGAGCCAAGGCCGUACUAGGUCUUGUCGGACGAGGGCCAGAUUGGAUACUGUUGACAGAUCUUGUUGGUCGAUGUGUAUGAGCGUGUUUUUCCUGUGCAAAAUUUGCCAGUAUGUAUUUGGAGGAUGAUUAGUAUUGCGGGACGCUUGCUAUCUGAUCCGUGUAUUUUCUUUGGGCUGUGGGAGUAUAUCGAGGAUGCUGGGUCUCCUUUUGUCUCAAGUAUGGGCGUUUUAAUGAUUGUAUGUAACGUUAGCAGACCAUGGUCUCGCGCAAGCAAGGCUGAUGAUUCGAGGAGCAGGAGGCACUCCGUUGAUGACAGUAUAUCAUAGUACAGUAAAUGAAGUAUCAGCAUUCAUCUUAUAAUCUGUCCAACUUAACUUGAUAUAAUGAGACCAACGAAAGAAAUGAUGAUUCAGUCGAGAUGUGAUAAAGCCCAUAAUCAACAGAAGAAACAGAGAAGGUUCAUAUAAGGUUAACAUCCCUCCGCUGAAGCCUGGAUGACAAGCCCCCCACAUCGCCUCAUCCUCCUCUGCGUUGAGGCCCGACCCGUUUCUCAACGGCAAAUCAGACAGUAGCGCUGCUGCAUCCUCCCCAAAGAAGCAUAAAUGAGGGUUGGCGGACGUGAAGCGCUCCAAUAUGAGAUCCCGGUCUCUGCCACCUUCAACGCUGCGGAUGAGAGUGCAUAUAGUGUCGAGGCCUGGUGGAUGCAUG